AUAUUCAGAUUCCUACAAUCGUAUUCCGUCGGGCCUUUCCGUAUUAUUCUCAUCAGUUGCGAUCAAUUAAAAAUUCUUCAUCAGGAAAGAUUAAGGUACGUAAACGAUACCAGCACAGAAAAGCCUCCACGAUUCUUAGUGGAAACGGAUGCAACUGGUGGGAUGUGUGCCCCUAUAAAAAAUCUGAACUGUGAUAAAAGGAUUGAUAAUUACGCUAUCGUCAAGUCUGUCGGCAUCCCCGGUGAUGUGUCAUCAAAAACGGUCAUGUCAUUCGGUGACAUGAUAACGAACGAUCACUCCAGCUAUAACAUUGGCAUAUUCUACAGAGAGUUCAAGCAUAAAUUUGAAGAAGAGUUCAAGUACUGGCCCCCAUUCGAUGGAAUUGUCACAGAUAAGUGCUGGGCACAAAUGAAAAGCAUAAUCGAGCUAAACGAUGGACUCGAUGUUGUAAGUUAUCUCAACCUCAUGCAUCGCUAUACAACGGAAGCAGACCAGAAACUCGUAAACUACGUCAACAAACGUUAUGUAUUAUGCUUUCUCUGCAUAGUUCACUUAAGUAAAAACUUUCUUAAGGAUGUAAAAUCAAUGCUUGGUGAGGCGAGGGAUAGACAGGCCGCCAAAAUAUUUUUUGUGGAGAUGGUACACGCGAGUAACUACACAGUGUUCAAAAACAUAUUCGAAAUGUUUUGCACAUAUUUUCUUUCAAAGAAAAUCAGUGAGAGGGAGGAGUGCUUGCAUUCGUUGAAAUAUGAUUCCAAUUAUUGGGAAGCAAUCGAGGCGGAUGAAUCGGUUGGUAGUGGAAAUUCGGAUAGCGAGAGCGAUGCAAUUUACAGUAACUCAAUGUGGUACAAAGACUGUGCUACGAUUUACGAGAGAAAAUUGAAAAUGUUUGGCCAUAACACGAGCUCUAAAAACACUUUGUUCGUAGAUUUUGUUAUGCAACACUACGUGGCUCUGACGCCAUUAUGGACCGGAAUUCUGCAUAAUGAAACAGUACAAUCUGUGCCACCGAUACUGUCGAAAUUCAUUUGCUCAACUAAUAACGUGGAAUGCCACUGGAGCAAUACAAAGGAAGCGAUAAGGUCGAAAGUCAUCGAGGUCGGAAAGAUGCCGCUACCAGCCGAGAGGCUUAUUGGCCUAAUGAAAACCCAAACCAAGGCCAACGUAAUUCGUUAUCGUUCAAAUAUACCAAAGGGACGGCUGAAUGCCAGGAAAGGGACCUUUCGGAGAAAAAUAAGGGCUACAACGAAACAGACGACAGUAAGCAGUGACCUCCGCCAGACAACACCAAGGACGCCGGCAGUGAUGACCCUAUCCAAACUGGGGGAAACCUCAGCCGAAUGGGGUAGAACACCAGGCCUAGUUAGCGCGGCGAAGAAAAAAAUCGCAAAACAGUCGAGAAAGCGACUUUUCGACCGUUCCUUCAAGGACCUGAGCUGCUUUAAAAUCCCUACGCAGGAGGAGUUUACCGCCAAAGCGGCAAAAGCGGCCCAGCAGCACAAUGGAAGAAGGCUAUACUUCGGACGCAACCAUUUCCAACACCGAUCAAUCACCGUUGAUGUUGAUGAGCUGGAAACAGUCAUCAACGGUUGGUUGGUUGAUUCGGUGGUGGAAUGGUUGAUUGCAGCCGAAAUAACAGCAGCAGGACUAUCAGCGGAAUAUUAUCUGCUGCAGCCUUAUGCGGCCUCCAUUUUGUUCGACCAAAAGUCGCAAAACCAAGAAUUGAUGUUGAUGGAGUACCGUAGAAUGGUAUCUAAAAAUCGGAUAAUUGUACCGUUCUGCGAUGGAAUUCAUUACUAUCUGAUUUUCAUCGAUUUUGUUAAACGAUUAUUUUGCUGUUGGGAUUCCCAACGAAAAUUUGCUUCAAAGACAGCUUCGCACUUUUUUGAGGUGAUUCGAAAAGUCGGGGACGAAGCUGGUGAUAGAAUGCGGUGGGCAAUCGAAGUGGAAGAGUGGACAGUUGAAGAUAGACCGUGUACCCAACAGACGGACAACGAAAGUUGUGGAAUUUUCACGAUUGAAUUUUCCAAAAUUUUAUUGAAGGGGGAAAGUAAUUUUAAUAUAAACGUGAACCCCAAGCAGUGGAGAAGCGAGAAUUACAGAAAACUAUAUUUGGAGUGCUACCACGACUUCCCCAGCUGCACACUUUGUGGACAAAUUGAAAAUGAAAAUUUUGCAGUAGUUUGCAAGGAUUGUCCUUUUAAGCUUUGCAAAGUGUGUGUAAAAGAAUCUAACAGAAAAUGCAUAAUUUGCCCAUAAAAUUGUUUUUUUUGUAUAUAAAACUAUGAAUAAUCAAAAUAAAAUACAUUAAAAACUAACAGUAUAACACAAUAUAUAAAAUAAGAAAGAAUAAACCAAAAUCAAAAGAGUGGAAUUGACAUUAGCUGCUGUUGAACACUUUAAAGAUUUCACCGGUAAACUUUAAACUGAUGUCAUUAAAAGAGUCUAUCAAAUAAUCCCAGCCAUUGAGAGAAGAUGCGGUUAUAACAGACAACGUUGAAUUUACUAUAAUAAACCGCUUAUUUCACAGCUAGACUGCUCAAAAUCAAUUAGGGGCCAGUUCAUAAACCAAGUAGAUUUUUUGGAGGGGAUGGUGGUCUGGCCAAAGUCUACGCUCCAUACAAUUGUUUAAGGACAUAAGUCUACGAGGGAGAAGGAGGGAGGGUCUGACAUGCCUCAUUGGAUUGGAUAGAACUCACAGACAAUGAGAUAAAAAGCGCAAAUGAUAGGAACCCUGUACCAGUUAUGGACACAUUUGUUAAUUUGGGUUCCACUUCGCACUAUUUACAUGCAUUCCUUAUGGAAUUAGCCAUAACUGGUACACUAUGGCGAAAUAGGGCGCAAGGAAGCCGAAAAAUCAAGGAAAAUAAUUUAUUUCUAUCGUAAUUUGAGCAAAUUGUGAAGUUUGAAUGAUUGCAAUCAUCUUUUGUGAAAACUGCUCAAGUAUGUCAGGAAAAGCGUCCGUGAAAAUUCCAGAUCACUGGGUUAGAUAAAACUCCCAGCCAGUGAGAUAAUGUGCGCUUAUUACUAGAAAAGUUAAAUUUUCUCUAGGAAUCUACUCAUUUCAUUGAAUGAAAAUUAAAAAUCAAUUAGCCGUGGAAAAUUUCGCCGGAAAACUGCUCAAGUAUGUCAGGAAAAGCGUCCGUGAAAAUUCCAGAUCACUGGGUUAGAUAAAACUCCCAGCCAGUGAGAUAAUGUGCGCUUAUUACUAGAAAAGUUGAAUUAAUUUUCUCUAGGAAACUACACAUUUCAUUGAAUGAAAAUUAAAAAUCAAUUAGCCGUGGAAAACUUCGCCGGAAAACUGCUCAAGUAUGUCAGGAAAAGCGUCCGUGAAAAUUCCAGAUCACUGGGUUAGAUAAAACUCCCAGCCAGUGAGAUAAUGUGCGCUUAUUACUGGAAAACUUGAAUUUUCUCUUGGAAAGUACUCAUUUCAUUGAAUAAAAAUUAAAAAUCAAUUAGCCGUGGAAAAUUUAGCCGGAAAACUGCUCAAGUUUGUCAGGAAAAGCGUCCGUGAAAAUUCCGGAUCACUGGGUUAGAUAAAACUCCCAGCCAGUGAGAUAAUGUGCGCUUAUUACUGGAAAACUUGAAUUUUCUCUUGGAAAGUACUCAUUUCAUUGAAUGAAAAUUAAAAAUCAAUUAGCCGUGGAAAAUUUAGCCGGAAAACUGCUCAAGUUUGUCAGGAAAAGCGUCCGUGAAAAUUCCGGAUCACUGGGUUAGAUAAAACUCCCAGCCAGUGAGAUAAUGUGCGCUUAUUACUAGAAAAGUUGAAUUUUCUCUAGGAAACUACUCAUUUCAUUGAAUGAAAAUUAAAAAUCAAUUAGCCAUGGAAAAUUUCGCCGGAAAACUGCUCAAGUAUGUCAGGAAAAGCGUCCGUGAAAAUUCCGGAUCACUGGGUUAGAUAAAACUCCCAGCCAGUGAGAUAAUGUGCGCUUAUUACUAGAAAAGUUGAAUUAAUUUUCUCUAGGAAACUACACAUUUCAUUGAAUGAAAAUUAAAAAUCAAUUGGCCGUGGAAAAUUUCGCCGGAAAACUGCUCAAGUUUGUCAGGAAAAGCGUCCGUGAAAAUUCCGGAUCACUGGGUUAGAUAAAACUCCCAGCCAGUGAGAUAAUGUGCGCUUAUUACUUUAAAACUUGAAUUUUCUCUAGGAAAGUACUCAUUUCAUUGAAUGAAAAUUAAAAAUCAAUUAGCCAUGGAAAAUUUCGCCGGA